AUGGACGUUGUAUUGGAUAAGCUGAAUGUUGCCACUGGCGAUAGUGCAGGUCAGAGUGUCGCCCUUGCCUUUCUCGAGGAGACUUUACAAUGCGAAGGCAGGGACUACGCAACGUACUUUUCGUCCCACGCCGUGGAGGGCACUGUCGUCGAGGCCGCUUCUGAGAUCCAAGCACAAUUGAGCUCGUUGGAGCGAGAGUUACGUGUGAUGCUUGUGCGGAAUAAAGAUGCUGUCUCGCGAGAGUUGUUGGGGGAGAACACCAGCGGCCGCGUGUUGGAAGACUUGCGGAAGAACCUGGAUCCGCUUUGGGAACUAGAUCCCAGAGCAGUAGAGGGCUCGACUAAACAGAACCUUGCUGGUGAUAGUACUUCUGCUCAGCGCGAUGGACCAGACAAGCACUCCGUUGCUGGCGAUGAGAACGACGAGCUGUUUGCUGGCGACGCCCGAGGAACGUCUUCUCAGAGUCACUUGGACGAGUUUCAUCUAGCUGUUGAGUCGCUACGUGAACGUGUGUCUCUUAAGGAAAAGAAUGAUACUCAUCAGGGCCAUCUGAUGACUAUUCUAGAACAUUGGGAUAACAUUGCCGCGCUGAUGGAACUACCCUUUCUGCUAAUGACCUGCAUUAGAACUGGUCACUACCAGGAGGCGAUCCUGCUGUUCGGCCACACGAAGACGUUACAGAUGAAAUUCCCAGAGUCGUCACUUGUACAGGACAUUUGCAAGAAUGUUCUGCGAGAGAUCAGGGGCACGAUGCUGAACGGGCUUGUGAACCUUCUGACGACGAACCUGACCGUGAACUCGAUCAAGAAGAUUUUGAAAUACGUGGCCGUGAUACCGCCGUUUGACUCGGACAGCAACAAAGGCGACAACAACUUGCUGCUCACAGUGUACCUCUCGAUGCGGUACAAGUUCAUCAAGAGCGAGAUUGAAUCGUACACACUCGACAACAGGGCGAACGAGUCCCUCCUCGAGAUCACUCUCAAGAGGAAAAUAGAGGUCAUUAGAGAACACCUGUACAGCUCAAUAAACGUGUACACCAAGGCGUUCAACGUGAAGACGGUACCCGUGACCAUCCCACUGAACGAAGAACUCACCGCCCAAGACUCACAGACAAGUGCGACCACCACCGUGUCUCACGAGACAUCGCCCUUACUACUACAAUUCUUGCACAACUGCACGAGCUUCCUGCUGGACGAGUUGCAGAGAGCACCUCCGCAAGCCCUCACACACUCGAUCUGCCUACAGCUCGUCUACUGCUCCUUCCGCCUCGGCGACCUCAACGCCAACUACCAUACGCUCUUCACGAACGAACUCUACGAGCGCACAAUAUAUUCCCGCGAGGACAUCGCAGAAGCAAUAGAGAAGCGCUCAGAACUGGCAACCCACUACAGCUAG